GAAUGCAGGUGUUAAGAUGGCUAUAUCGAAGGUGCACAGACCUGACGCUUCCCUGGGACUCUGGCCACGUAGCUCUGCAUCCUUCAUCCAGAUUGUGCUAAUGGAUAACAGGACCGGGUCCCAGAGUGGCAUUCCUGCUGAACAGCUGGCUGAGGACAUCAUGAAUGAUAUAGCAAAACAUGGAGAGUCCUUUGACAUUGUGGGGAGCUCCCUGCAAACCGCCACAGGCAAUAAGUGGAGCACUCAUGGAGUGAGCGGCCAUAUCAGCUCUUCUACGACUGGGAUGAUCAUUGGCUCGUUCCUUAUCCUCUUGCUAUUGGGAAUCGUCCUGCUCCUCUACAGGAAAGGGAUAUUAAGAUCUUUCCCCUGUGUGCAUUUGCUGUCCCAGUGGAAGAGGAUGAAUGACCUGGAUUCUUUGGGAGAAGCUGCGGACAAAGGUUUUGACAAUCCCAUGUUCGACACACCGUCCAGCCUUGCGUGCUCCACUAUGGCUGCAUCUUCAGGAGGCAAGCAUGCCUUCACCGAGAUGUUUUUCUCCUAUCUUGUGACCCGGUGGAGUCACCAGUUCCGGUGGACGGACAAGAAAAGCCAAAAUGCUUCCUUUGUGCUCUGGCAUAAAGGGCCGGUGUCUGAAAAGCGGCAAGCCCCAAGGUGA